CGGGACGAUAGGACUUCAACAAUUUUGGCUUUUAUUACUCUUUCCAUUGUUCUGCACAGAAUGGAGGUGUGGCUGAUGGGCAGAUAGCUCGUCUGUAGUUGACGUGGGCCACUUUUAUAUCGUGGUGAAACCAACGCAUAUUUCCACACAUCUGGAACAGCCCCAGACUUCAUGGAUAACGCCUCCACGAAGCAGUUAAUUCGUCAACUCCGUCAAUCUUCCACGUUGUAUGUUGGAAAUCUAUCUUUUUACACUCGAGAGGAGCAAAUCUGGGAGUUGUUUAGCAGAGCUGGCGAAGUCAAACGUGUCAUCAUGGGCUUGCACCGAUUUUCCAAAACCCCCUGUGGCUUUUGCUUCGUGGAAUACGUAACCCGCGAGGGUGCGGAAAUGGCCAUGCGUUACAUUAAUCGAACUCGUCUCGAUGAUCGCUUGAUACGAACGGAUUGGGAUGCAGGGUUUGAAGAGGGUCGGCAAUAUGGCCGCGGCCGUAGCGGUGGUCAGAAAACCUGUUACUUGCUUGCUUGGAUUCACCGUGCUCAGUCCUGUUUCUUCGAAGGGCGCUUGUCGGGCCACGCUACUCCGCCCUAG